GGCAGGGGACAAAGUGGUGGACAGAGCAGAGGAGAGCUCACAAGGAGAGGAGAGGAUGGCGCAACUUCAGGUGGAGGACCGAGCACAACAAGGAAUGGAGGAGAGGUCUCAUCAAGGAGAGGACAACACACAAGAAGAAGAGGAAAACGGGGCACAACAUGAAGCGAGCACAGUGCCACAUCCUGAUGGCCAGUGUGAAGAGGAUUGCGAGAUGUGCAAGCUUAGGUGUGAUGAAAUCAACCGUCUACUGGAGGAAAACAGAAAUCUGAAGUGUAAACUUGCCGAAAGAGAAAUGACAGAGGAGUUUCUGAAGUGUGAUAAUAACAGAGUAAAAUAUUACACCGGACUUACAAAUUAUGAAAGUUUUUAUUCUUUGUUGUGCUAUGUAACUCCCCUUCUGCCACAGGGGAAAAGAAAGCUUACUCCGUUUCAAAUGCUACUGAUCACUCUCAUGCGUCUGAGAUUGAAUCUGCCAUUGCAGCACAUUGGUCACCUAUUUGAUGCGCACAGAGGAACAGUGAGUGCUGUAUUUCAACAAACUAUUAAUGCUCUGUAUGCAUGCCUGGCUCCAAUGGUGCAUUGGCCAGACAGAGACACUUUGCAAGCCAGUAUGCCACAUAACUUUGUUGAGACAUUUGGGAAUCGAGUAGCUGCCAUUAUAGACUGUUUUGAGGUUUUUAUUAAAAGGCCAUCCAACCUUCAUGCAAGGGCACAAACAUUUUCACAUUACAAGCACAGCCACACACUUAAAUACCUAAUAGGUAUAACUCCUCAAGGAGUGAUUUCUUUCAUUUCCAAAGGUUGGGGUGGACAAACAAGUGACAAAAGAGUAACAGAGAACUGUGGCUUUCUGGAUAAACUUCUGCCAGGUGACAUGGUGUUGGCAGAUCGCAGUUUUGACAUCAGGGAGAGUGUAGGGAUGAUGUGUGCUGAAGUAAGAACACCAGCAUUCACAAAGGGUCAGCGACAGUUGGACGCAAAGGAUGUGGAAGAAACAAGAUCCCUCGCAAACCUGAGGAUCCACGUGGAGAGAGUCAUCGGUGUUGUCCGAAACAAAUACCAGAUACUGUCUUCAAAAAUCCCCAUCGACAUGGUUUUGCCAUGUGAAGUUCCUUCAGAGGCCUUCUCUCUGACACUUGGGACACUGGCUUAG